AAAUGAAAAAUAACAAAGGGAGAACAAUUGUAAAACAAAACAUUACAAUGUAUAAUUAAUUAAUAAAGCGAAAAGAACACUUUAAAACACAACAAAGUGUCGAUUUCACAAAACACCCAAAGAACACAGAAAAGAAAAAAACAGGCGUAGAAACCUUUUUACUGGGAGGAAACUAACAACAACAAAAAUUCGCCGACGCGUUUUCUUGUAACUACCAACACCUAGUUUAGGACAGGUACAGAACUAUUGUGAUUUUAUUGAAAGUAAUGGAAAAUUCUCCGACAAGUUUUGCAAAAUUUGCUCUAAAUGAGGCUUCAUCGUCGGCCUGUUCCAGAGAAACGCAAUCGUUGAGUUGUAUUAGCGGUGGGACGGCGGGGGUUUCAAUGACUACAUCGUCUUCGUCAAAUAAUAGUCCAAUUCUAGCAUCAGCUCAUACCACUUCAUGGCUAGCUGCUUUGCAUGCACAUCAUAAUAACAAUAAUAAUAAUAAUAAUGAGUCAGAAAAGUCUACCAUCAGCAUUUCGCCAUCGCCUUGGCCAUGUCUGAGCUGUGACAGCCAAAAGCUAGUAGGUAACCGGGUCAAUCUAAUUGAAGAAGACGAGGGAGGAGGUCAAGAAAAAUACACUUUAGCCUCAAAUGGUGCUAUUGCUGCUGCUUCUUCUGCCUCUAAAUCCUCACACUUAGAAUUAGCUACAUCUACAGAGACUGAUUUUGACGCUUACGAUUUAUGCGGGGCUGUUUCUCUAACUCCUCCUCCUAUUAUGGAAGAACAGCUUGGAGCAUCUGCUGUAGCCGCAUCUGGUGGUCUCUCUAAUCGUACAUCUCUAAACAAUUCCACCGAGAACCUCAGUUAUGUUAGCGACAAUUUUUAUGGUGAUGAUGUAAUUAUUUUGGGCGAGGACGGUGAUGCAGAGGCGGAUGAGUUGUCUUUGAAUUCUGAUGAUUGUAUUUAUGCUUAUCGUGGGGAGGGAGCUGAUUUUGAUAUUUCUCUCCAACCCUUAGCUGGUAUGGGCGGCGGCUUCGGUGGCUUAAGUUCCAACAACUGUGGAGACGAGGAGACUGAUUUUUUGGAAAUGGACUUUGAACCAGAUCCUCUGUCUGAAUUAGAAUAUAAUAAUCAAACCGCCUCACUGACGACGACGGUAAACUUAAACGCAAAUCUUACGAAUUUAAUGCAAAGAAAUUCGUGCCAUUUAACAUCGCCUAGCGCUCAACGACAUCAAUUAUUUUCGUCACCCAUAGAUGAUUUGCCACCACCCCCUAAAGCUUUACAAGCUCAAUCUAUGUUAGGUAAAAACUUUGCACGCGUGACUUUGCAUUUGGAUCAAAUACAAAGAGAUUGUAAUGAAGAGGCAUUGAUGAACGAUUCUCGGGAACGCUUGAACUCGGCAUUAGACACGCAUAGCAUGGAAAAGGAAUUCGCUCAAGUCUCAAGCCAAGAACAACUAAAAGGUGCAGCUCACUCCUUACCUAACACUUUGCAUCAGCAUUUUGCUAAUCGCAGUGUAUCCGAGUCAGCGGUGAUCAAUUCAAAUACAGCCGGUUUGUUGGCUCCACCCUUAAAUUCAUUAACACAGAAAUCCCCCUCCAAAAUAACGGGAGCUAAACCGAAACGUUUGUCUACUUUUUCAUCCACGUCUUCAACAUCUUCCAAAAACUCUUCCAAAUCUAGGAACUCUUUAAGAUCAGCUUUUCAUCCUACCACCCUUUGCAACAGUUCUAGUUUUGAUGAGCGUAGUGUCAGCUGCUCAGAAUUCCGUACUGAACGUGAUCUUAACACUGCGAAUGCUUUACCUAAUGCACCACACACAGCACCCUCCACAACGGCCGUUUUAACUGCUCCCGAAUUCAAUUCAUUAACAGAGGAUACUUGCUUAGAUUGUUUGGAAAGGGAAUUUCUAGCUAGCACUAUAGGCAAAGCGUUAGACUCACAAGACUGCUCCAAGUGUCGGAAGCGUUUGGGUAGUCUGGUUUUAUAUAAUCGGUCCGAGCACACUGGUUUUAGACGAAGUGCAAGUCCGACUUCAACCUUUUUUCUUAACGACCAAGCAUCAACAACUUGUCGUCUAUUUUCGUGUGAAUUUUUGCAUACCCAAGCACGCAAAAGGCAAGAAUGGGACUCGUAUGUAAAUGAAAAAUCUGUCAAUCAAAAACAAGAAGGUAAAGUGAACAAAGAAACUGGCCAUAUGGAAACAACGGACAAUACGAAGUGCUUUGAUAGUAAUACGGAUUUCAGGCUUUUAAAGACAAUUAAACCAACAGAAAUGGUCUGCACAACUAUACCAACAGUAAAUAUAAAUGAAACAAUUCUAAUGCAGGCUUUAGAUAAAUUGCAAGUUUCCUACAACAAGGAGUUGUUACAUCAUACAUUUAAAAAAUUGUACACUCGGCAUUUCAACAACAGUUCCUCACACACAGCACCAUUAUCAGCAACUUCAGCGCCAUUAACUGCGCCUACGGAAUAUCGCGAUUUGUUACAUUUACUUCUGGCCGCUUCGAAAAGUAGAGGUAACUACUUGAAACUAAAGAAAAUCAUUGAAAUAAUAAGUCAGCAAAAAAUUGUCGUACAGUUUAAGAAGGAUUCUGCCAUUACUGAAAUGGAAACAAUUCAAGUAAAUGUCACUGAUGUAUUACAUUAUUGGCCUCUCUAUAAAAAUUUGGAUAAAUUAAAACGAUUGGAUCAACGUUUCUUAAAUAAUAACGUCUUAGGAAAAAUUGCUAACGUCAUAAGACAAGCUCAUCAACGUUGCACCGCGCGCAGACCUUUGCCCGAAUCUAUUUCAAUACCGCAGUAUUAUCCCAGCGGAUUUUUAACAUUAACAAGAGCUUGUUGAAAAUGUAUUCUGUAAAGACCUUCUGAAGCCGAUUAAAAGUCAAAUUUCGCACAGGGCGCAUAAGGCGAGCGGUAUGGUACGUAUGCGAUUUCCAACAUUUCCGGCAAUUUCCCGGCGAUUUUUAAAGCUCUCAAAUUAUCAACAAUUUUCACACCAUCUGCCUGACGUAUGGAACCUAAAUGUUUACCUUCUAAAAGUACCACGAAGAUUAUGGCGUUUGGAUCAUAUAAAUUGGAAUCUACCGGAAUCAUGCCCAUGCUAAUUAGAGCUUUCGGUAUAACCUUGAAGAUGAAAUUCAAUAUAAUUCAAAUCAGGUAAUAUGGAAAGGAAAAUUUUUUCUUUCUUACUUUUACU